AUGGCCUGCACCAGCAAUAGCAGCUCUUCAUCUCUGGUGAAAUCUCCAAAGAAAAAUUACUAUGACGUAUUUGUGAGCUUUAGAGGUAAAGACACGCGCUACAACUUGGCUGAUCAUCUUUUUGCUGCCUUUCAGAGAAAAGGUAUUCUUGCAUUUAGGGAUGACACUAAGCUGAAGAAAGGGUAUGGAGUGGAUAUUGUUUACAAAGUUCCACUCUUAAGUCAGUUGGCAUUUAAAAUACUACAUUAUGCAAAUGGCCUACCACUGGCAGUUAAAGUAUUGGGCUCAUUAAGUUUUGAAGGAAAAGAAUGUUGA